AGUUUCCUGAGAGAGUGAAGGAGCAUGCCUUCAAAUAGCCAUUGUAUACCCUCUAGGUGUGAAUUCUGGGACAAUGUGGAUCUUGGCACUGUGGCUACUCCCUCUACUCUGCAAAUUCAGCCUAGCAGGUCUACCACCUAAGCCAGAGAACAUUUCCUGCAUCUUUUACUUUGACAGGAAUCUGACUUGCACUUGGAGUCCAGAGAAGGAAACCAAUGAUACCAGCUACACCGUGAGGAUGACUUACUCCUAUGGGAAGAGCAGUUGCACUGUUAAUGCUACAGAGGCUUCGUGUUCUUUUCCCUCCUACUGUGCAAUAGCCCCAGACAACUGCAGUGUUGAAGUAGAAGCUCAAAACAACGAUGGUAAAGCUAUAUCUGCCAUCACAUAUUGGGAUCUAAGCUCCAUAGUGAAAACCGAACCACCUAUAAUUUUAAGUGUGAAUCCAAUUUCAAAUAGAAUGUUCCAGAUACGAUGGGAACCCUGGGAAAAGAUUCAUGUGUUUCCUUUAACAUGCAUGAUUCAGUUCAGGACUGUCAACAGUAGCCACUGGACGGAAGUCAAUUUAGAGGACUGCGAACGGGUCUUCAACCUCACAGGGCUUCAGGCUUUCACACAAUAUGUCCUGGCUCUACGAUUCAGGUUCAGUGACUCAAGAUACUGGAGCAAGUGGAGCAAAGAAGAAACCAGAAUGACUAUGGAGGAAGUUCCCCAUGUCCUGGACCUGUGGAGAAUUCUGGAGCCAGCAGAUGUGAAUGGAGACAGGAAAGUGUUACUGCUGUGGAAGAAGGCGAGAGGAGCCCCAGUCUUGGAGAAAACAUUUGGCUACAACAUACAGUACUCUGCAGAAAACAGCACUAACGUCACGGAGAUAAACAGCAUCACUACCCAGCACUAUGAACUGCUUCUGUUGGGCCAGACGCACUGUGUGUCUGUGACUUCUUUUAACUCUCUUGGCAAGUCCCAAGAGGCCAUACUGAGGAUCCCAGAUGCCCAUGAGGAGACCUUCCAGUGCAUCAAGGGCAUGCAGGCCUACAUAGCUGAGCCCCUGCUGGUGGUGAACUGGCAGAGUUCCAUUCCUGAGGUGGACACUUGGAUAGUGGAGUGGAUCCCAGAAACGGCUGAGUCGAAGUUCCCUGCUCUUUGCUGGGAAUCUGUGUCUCGGGUCACCAACUGGACCAUCGAGCAAGAUAAAUUAGAACCUUUCACAUGCUAUAAUAUAUCAGUGUAUCCAGUGUUGGGACACCACGUAGGAGAGCCAUAUUCCAUCCAAGCUUAUGCCAAAGAAAAAGCUCCAACAUCUGGUCCCAAUACCACGGUGAACAACAUUGGUUUGAAGACAGCCGUGGUCACAUGGAAAGAGAUUCCCAAGAGUAUUAGAAAUGGAUUUAUCCACAAUUACACGAUAUUUUACCAAGCUGAAGGUGGAAAAAAACUCUCCAAGACUGUUAACUCCCACACCCUUCAGUAUGACCUGGAGUCUCUGACACGAAGGACCUCUUACACUGUUUCUGUCAUGGCCAGCACCAGAGCUGGAGGUACCAUCGGGUCGAGCAUAAACUUCAAGACAUCGUCAAUCAGUGUCUUUGAAAUUGUCCUUCUAACGACUCUAAUUGGAGGAGGCCUUCUUCUACUUAGCAUCAAAACAGUGACUUUUGGUCUCAGGAAGCCAAACAGCCGAUUGACUCAUCUGUGCUGUCCUGAUGUUCCCAACCCUGCUGAAAGUAGUUUAGCUACCUGGUUUGGAGAUGAUUUCAAGAAGAAGUCAAAUAUGAAGGAGACUGAAAACUCUGGGAACACAGAAGACCAGGUCCUAAAACCAUGUCCUGUCCCCGCUGACCUCACUGAUAAGCUGGUAGUGAACUUUGAGAAUUUUCUGGAAGUAGUUUUGACAGCGGAAGCUGGAAAGGGUCAGGAGAGCGUUUUGGGAGGAGAAGCGAAUGAGUAUGUGACCUCCCCAUCCAGGGCUGACUGUCCCCCAGGGAAAAGUUUUAAGGAGCCCUCAGUUUUAACUGAGGCUGCUUCUGAAGACUGCCAUAGCCGGACUCCGGGAAUGGCGGAAGAGACAUACUCAGAACUUGACAACCAACCUUUACCUUCCUGUCAGAGUCCAGGACUGGAGCCCCCCUGUGAAGAGCGAGCUCAGAAUCCAUAUCUGAAAAAUUCAGUGACAACCAGGGAGUUUCUUAUGCAUGAAAAUAUUCCAGAGUACAGCAAGGGAGAAAUCUAAGUGCUGCUAUGGUCUGGAACCCUCGGAGACUGAAUGGAUCUCUUCCCUAGCAAAGACAUGGAAACUUCCAGAAGCCUCCUUCUACCCUGGCCUGUUCAGUUUGCUGCUGAGCUGCCCAGAAAUUGGUGAUGCAGCUGUGGACUUAUGUCGGGAAGAAUGGAAUGCUUUAUAGGGAGACAGAAGUUACUUCUGUGUGCUCUCACAGACGCCCCUUGAAAUGAUGGCUUUGGGAGAAGGGCCUAUCUUCGAAGCUUAAAGGAUGCCCAGGUGCACAAGUCAGAUCAUAUCCCCAGGGACCAAGUUGUCCUGGCCAUUGCUGAAGCUUCCCUCGGGGUCCAGGACUGCUGUUUCCAUGGCACUCGACUCUGACAGGAACCUGAUUUCUACUCUUCCUCUCCCCUCCCUGCCUCUGAACACUUUCUCUCCUUUGGGCAGAGGCCAAGAGAGGAGUGGAUUCCUAACAGUAUGCCAGGCUCCCCAGUCCUUGAUCCCCCUCAGCGUCUUCAGCAAUGCCUUUUCUGAGACUCUUCAUUACCAACUUACGUUUAUUUUUGCAGCAUUGGGGAUUGAACCCAGGGACUUGUUUAUGCUAGGCAAGUGUUCUACUCAUCCCACUCACCCCAAGUUUAUUACACAUUGACUGCCGGUAAAUCAGGAAAUCCCAGACACCUCCAGUGAGAUGCUGGCUUGGGCUGGGCUAGGUAGCAGGCCAGCCUCCUUUGUAGACCAUUUCCUCUGUCUUGUGCUAUACCCGGUAGGAGCAGGCACCAAACUAGGAGCAGGCACCAAACAAGGUGCUUGGUGGCCUUGGUUCAGAGACACUGACCCUCACACUGGCUUGGAGCCUCAGAGUGCUUACUGAGCAGAUCCUAAAAGGGCCCCUUCCCAGCCACACUGAGCAAGACCUUGGUAAGGUGUAGCACUAUGCAAAUUUAUUUCUGCCUUAUGAGGACUUCUGCCUCUUUGGUAUAGCUGAGCACAGAACUUGUGAAAAGAAGGAGCCUUUGGCAGAAGUGCCAGUCAACUACAGGAUUUAUUUGCUUAGGCUGGGGAACUGUGUGGCUGCACAGUGGGGUCACCCUCUGGUUCUUUUGUCUUGCUCUCAAGCCUGGGAAGUGACUUAAAACAAAACACUGGGCAAUUUGAUCCCUGGAAUUUCUGACUGGGGAGGCUCUGGCCCAGCCUUCUGUCUUGGCAAGAGUACUCUCUCACCUCCAACUGGGGGAAUCUCCAGUUCCCAGGGAGGUUAGGGGAGCUGGCAGAGCCUCGAAAGACAUGAUAAGGCUUUGGAAUCUAAAGUCUUUGAACAGCGAGUGGUGUGGGACAGAGACACACACACCCAAACACACACACACACACGCACGCACGCACGCACGCACGCACGCACAUGCACAUACACACGGCAUACACACACGCAGUCCUUGAACAGUGGGGUGGGACAGAGACAUGCAAGCACGCACGCACGCACAGCUCCCAGAGCUGAAGAGGUCAGAAGCACCUUGGGCUUCCUUUUGCGCCUGCUGCCCUGCCUGCUUCCGUUUCAUUUUAGCCUCCUGACUUCCCUUCUCCUCAGGCUCUCUGAAAGACACAUCUCUCCACCUCUCUGUUUCUUUCCACUCCUUUCUCCCCUUCUCAGCCUUCUUGCCCUGUAUUUACCUUUGCCGUUUUUUUGAUGGGUAGGAUGGUUGAAGGCCCUGUGCUGUCCCAGGCAGGCUUUGAGGUGGUCCCAGCAGAGCCAGCUCUAAGGACAGUUGGUUUCUCCUUUCCGUGCUGAGCCCUCCAGGUGGCCUCACAAGAUGCAGGCUCAGAGGCCACGAUGGAUCAAAUCACCACGUGUUCCCACUUCUGCACCACGGGCUGCCUCUGUGGGAAAAGGAGGCCAUCAGUGUUUUCUCUCUUUACUGUCAAAGAAAAGGGACGUUGGGAGGACUCAGGGAAGCCAUUUAGUGGCAGUCAAUUAGAAAUUAUGAAAUUCAUGAUAAAGAGCUUUCUGGGGCCUUGGGAAUUGUGGCAAGGACCUUCCCCUAACAAAGAUUUUAAGGGGCCAAUCGCUGAGCGAAGAGUAGGCGGACAUCCAGGUCUGAAUGAGGGCAGAAAGAAGGAGAAAAGGGACUUGAGGAUUGAGGGACAGGGAGAGAACUUGGGGUACAAGAUGUAAUGAACUAGAAGCCCCCAUUAGAUGGCUGAUCCACCAGGCUCCGCCACAGGAGGAUUUAAGUUAGUAUGGCAUACUAAUUAAGUUAGUAGUGUCCAGUGACUUGAGUUACCUGUUGUUUCAAACUGAGUUUGUGUGGUGUUUUCCUUCACCCGGUGACUCAACUGAGUUCAAGGGAACUCGAAAUCUGGAUGCAUGGGCUGGUGUGGUAGUGACCGGCCAAGGGAACUUAAUGAGCAGGGUGGAGACAUUUCGAGAGCAAAGGGUCAGAGAGUCUGCCACAAUGAGAACACACUGCUGGUGCGAUGUGGCCCCCUGGUGCCCGGCAUAACAUGGGAUGGUGAUUCCUUCCUUAUUACUGAACGCUACAGGGGACCAUGCAAACAUCUAGGAAUGCCAUCGAUGCUCUGUUAUUUUCAAUAAUAGCAAAAGAUGGGGGCUGGAGAGGUGACUCAGAGGUUUAGAACACUGGCUGUUCUUCCAGAGGUCCUGAGUUCAAAUCCUAGCAACCCCAUGGCAGCUCAUAACUGUCUAUAAUGGGAUCUGAUGCCCUCUCCUGCUGUGCAGGUAUGCAUUCAGGCAAAGCACUCAUAUACAUAAAAUAAAUAAAUCUAAAAAGAGAAAACAACAGUAAAGAAUGCCAGAGAACUCAAUCUGUUCUUAACAGAAAAACAGAGACCCAAAAGCGAUGCUUUGAUUCUGGCCACGCAGGAGGCAGUGCCAGGAGGAACCCUGCAAUACUGGACCUCACAGGGGUUUGAUGGGGCUGGAGGCUGGGGGAGGGGCAGGAAAAGAGUUGCAGUGAGGAUCCUUGUCACUGCUUGCAGCCUGAGCCCGAGCCCUGCCUCCAACCUGUCUCUUAGUCAAGCUCUCAAGUAUAGCAGAUGGUUAGGUACCCUGUAGCCCAGAGGCCUCAGACAGCACCUCCCCUCAGACCAAUCUAGGUGCUGUUUGUAUAGAUCUGUGAGCGAAUAAUGUUAUUGGCAAAAUUCAAAGGACAUGUAAUAUUCCGUGAUGUGAAAAGUGUACAAAAGUUCAAUGCUUGCAAAUAAAGCUUAAUGCUAGGUCCAGGGUUCACUAUACUUUACUUCAUGUUAUCUGUGGCCAAUUCACCCCAACCUACCAAAAGCAACUUCAGUAACUGUGGCAGAGACUUAGGACUGGAGAUCUGGCCCUUUGCAGAAGGUUUGUGAACAUCCGUCCCUGCAUGAACCUCAGAUAGCAUUGUCCUAACUCUGAAUCAGCUUCUAAAUUAAGUAAAGUAAAAACCAAGAAACUGAGAGAUGACCUAACAGGCAAGAGCAUUUGCUGAGCAAAUAUGAGAACCCGGGCUCAAGUCCCCAGCAUCCACGUAAAAAGCUGGAGGCUACCAUGUGAGCUUGUAACCUCAGGGCUGCAGGCGGGAAGACUGCUGGGCUUGCUGGCUUCCUGCCUGACUCCACAUUCAGUGAGAAACCUUGUCUCAAGGGAAUAACAUAAAGGAGGACACUAUGUCUCCCCCUCUGACUUCUAGGCACACUUUUUGGGUUUCUAGCUGAGUGCCUGCCUCCUGUGGAAAGGCACACACUCAAGGUUCCCCAACCCCCUCAUCCCUUCCUAUCCCCUGCUCAACCUGUGGGAGUGUUGGUGGCUGUUGCCUGUACUAGUUGUUCUCCACCAGGGUUCAUUUUCCCUCCCACCUCAGACAGAUGAACAAUACCUGGAGAUGCUUUGACUGUCAUGGCUGGGAGGGGUGCUACUGGCAUCUAGUAGGCAGCAGCCAGCAAUGCUGAACUCUGCCUACAAUGCCCAGCCAGCCUCACAGCUGGGGAUUACAGGUCUCCCUCCACAUGCUUGCGUGCUGUGGUCUGUAAGACACUGCUUUAGUCAAACAGGGUUGUACUGAACAUCUUUUCUGUAUAAAGAACAACUAUGAUAAACAUCUUGGUUCAAAAUAUUUUUCCUACUUUGUCCUAGCCACGUGGGGAUGCUUCUGAAUUUGCUGCAGGUUUUGUGAUCACGUCUCGCCUGAUAAAAUUUCAAGAGGCUACAGUGACUUCCGGUGUUAGCUGAGAUGUCUGGGAGAUAUUUGUCCUUUUCCGCAGACAAUUGGCUAUUCCUUCUGCGUGCUUGAUUUUGUUCCUCUUGGUUCUUUGAUGUGAGUGUUGACUGCCAUAGUGACUACCCAUAAUCAGACAUGCAGAAGUGUUGGUGUCUUGUCCUCUUAGAGUCUGAGAGAAUGGAGCCUAGCAGAGGAUAUUAGUGAUCCUCAUUCCUGCUGCCCUGGGGUCAGUGGGGAGUUUGAGCAGAAGCACAGACAGCACCAGUCCGUGUUGGAAGAGCCCAGAGGUCACAAUUGUAUUGAGUUCUGUGUGCAUAGUCCUGGCCAAGGCACAUGCCCUGAGCUGCUAGGAAGGGUGUGGAAGAACUCAGGCGAGGAUGAAGCCUAGUCAGCAGGGCCUCCCGGGGUCCUUCAGAGGAGGUUGGAUGCAUAUGCUACUAAUUUCACUCUUAGACACGGGAUCUUUUGUCUUUCCCAAAUCCAAUCAAUGCGUGUAUGGGGGUAAGAUGGGAGAGAAGUGUCCUAAAGCCUAGACUUGAAGUGGAAAUAAAAACAUGCAAUCCAGAACCAGCACAGAGUUCCAAAUGACUGCAGCAACGAAGGAGCAGCAGGCCUGUGUCCCCUGAGGCUGGGCAUGUUCACUUCCCCAUAGAUUUAUUAUGUGUCUGGGUAAUGUAUGACAUGAAUGGGAGCUGUGUGGUGCAGGGUGGGGAUGAAAAAUGUCACUACCGCCAUGGGAGGAACCUUCCAGGUUCUUUAUUGUCAACUCAUUUGUAUUUUGACCACCCAUAUAAAGUCAUAAAAUCACCUUU